UUUGAUUUUAAUUGCAUGAAAAAUGGAUUAUAAUAUACAUAAAAUUUGUCGCGUUUGCUUGGAGGAGGUGAAUCCCAUUUCGGUGACUUCAAUUUAUAGCACAGACUUUGCUAUGAUGCCCUCGGUAAUGCUGAUGCAGUGUGCCAAAAUACGAGUUUACAAAACCGAUGGCCUGCCUUCGGUGAUCUGCAACAAUUGUAUCUACCGGUUGGGUGUGGCAUUCCACUUUAAACAGGAAUGCGAAAACAGUGAUAUUCGACUGCGGCAGUAUCUGGGCAUCCUCGAGUCGUGGCGCCAGGACGCAGCCACGAACACGGAUUUCGUGGAGAAGCCAUCUAUCAUGCAGCGUGAUAGCGAUGAGGAGGAGCAGGUGGAUACCAAAGUAAGCAAAAGACGGUCGCGCUAUCAAAGGAAACCCCCGGAGGAGCAUAAGAAAAGGGGACCAAAGCCAGUGGCUAAGAUGCCGCACACCUGCUACGAGUGUCACAAGAGCUUCAAGUGCAUCGCUCAGCUCACACAGCACAUAAGGACCCAUACGGGUGAGAAGCCCUAUCAGUGCAGCUACUGCAUCCAGAGAUUCGCCCAGAAGUACAACCUUAAAGUGCACGAAAGGACUCAUACGGGGGAUAAGCCCUUUCAGUGUGAAAUCUGCUCAAAACAGUUCUCUGCUUUGGGUAAUUUCCAAGCGCAUCAAAAGAUCCAUGUGGGGGUGCGGGAUCAGAUAUGUUCGCUGUGUCAAAAGGGCUUCUAUACCGCAGGAGAUCUCUCCAAGCACAUGCUUACCCAUACGGGAAUCAAGAACCAUCACUGUGAUGUUUGUGGCAAGGCAUUCACGCGACGCAGAGACAUGCGCUCCCACAAAUUAAAGCUUCAUCCGCUGGAGUCGAGUACGAAUCAUGAUAUAGUGGAUGAUGAUGAUGAUGAGGCUAUCGAUACCGAUCCUGUGGGUCUGGACACCCUGGAUCAUGCCCCCUUCAAGUGUCCCGAUUGUGACAAGGCUUUCGAUACGGCCGAUAGCCUUAGUUUACACUUCCGCACUCAUGCGGCGAACAACAAUCUGCUGAAUCUUCCACUGCCACCAGCACCGCCCAUGUCGCAUCACUACCAUCAUGAUGCACUCCAUCAUCUGGGGCCGCCGAAUCCAGCCACCCAGAUGGGAAUGGCUGCAAUGGCUCAUAUGCUGGCACCACCGCCACCUCCACCGCCUACGCCCAGUGACGGACGUUACACAAUGCUGCACCACACGGCGGCCCAAAGACUGCACUAUUAA